AUGUCCCUCUCUUCAGUACGAGGUCUUACGAUCCCUUGUCAAAAAGCAGGCCGGCUCACAGCGCCAUCCUCUCGCUUCGGAGUCAACUCUUGGCCACUCGAAAGAAGCAUCAGGGGGUUCGGCACCUUCAAGGCACCUCCAGUCCGCAACGAGCCCAAUCCGUCAUAUAGCAAGGGUUCAGUUGAGCGUCAGAAGCUUCAAGAUGCGAUUUCACGACUGAAGAGCAGCCUUCCCGUGCGAGUCCCGUCCUUGGCACCUGAAAUCACAAAUGCAAAGUCCGUUUUAGCCAAGCAAUAUCUGCCAAGCGAACACUCCGUCACUUUGGCCGAAUACGCCCAGACGACCCCCGAGCAGGUGUCGAUGGCCAUUGACAGGGCGCUGGAAGCCAAGCCCGCCUGGGAGAACACGUCUUUCAAGGACAGGGCUGCCGUCUUUCUCAGGGCGGCGGAGCUUAUCGCGGGAAAGUAUCGCUACGACAUCAUGGCUGCGACGAUGCUCGGGCAGGGGAAAAAUAUUUGGCAGGCGGAGAUUGACUCGGCGGCUGAGAGCUGUGAUUUCUUACGUCGAACGGAAUACCGACCGCUAGAGGGCUUCGUCUACGCCAUCAGCCCCUUCAACUUCACCGCCAUCGGCGCCAACCUAACCGUCGCCCCCGCCAUCAUGGGCAACGUCGUCCUCUGGAAGCCCUCCGACUACGCGAUCUACUCGAGCUACCUCCUCCAAAAAGUCUUUGAAGAGGCCGGUCUGCCCGCCGGUGUGAUCCAGUUCCUCCCCGGCGAGCCCGAGGCAAUCACCUCGGCCGUCCUCAACCAUUCCAAGUUUGCAGCGCUCCACUUCACCGGAUCCACGGACGUCUUCCGCCAGCUGUACGGCAAGAUCGGCGACGGCGUCGCCUCGGGCAGGUAUGAGAGCUACCCGCGCUUGAUCGGUGAGACGGGCGGCAAGAACUUCCACCUGGUGCACGGCAGCGCCGACAUACGGAAUGCGGUGGUGAAUACCGUUCGGGGGGCCUUUGAGUAUCAGGGACAAAAGUGCUCUGCGACGUCGCGUCUCUACGUCGCCGAGUCCAUCUGGCCAGAGUUCAAGGAGAUGCUCUUGCGGGAAACAAAGGUCCUCAAGGUCGGCUCCCCGGAGCAGGUCGACAACUUCAUCGGACCCGUCAUCCACGAGCGCUCGUGGAGAAAACUCCGAGACGUCAUUGAGGACGCCAAAAAGGAUCCCGCAAUCGAGUUGCUGGCCGGAGGUCACACGGACAAUAGCCGGGGCUGGUUCGUCUCGCCCACCAUCUUCAAGACCAACGACGCCCAGCACAAGCUUAUGAAGAACGAGCUCUUUGGCCCCAUUCUCACCGUCCACGUCUACCCCGACGCAAAGUACGAGGAGAUGCUCCCCGUCAUCGACUCCACGACGCAGUACGGCUUGACGGGCGCCGUCUUCGCCCGCGACCGGAGCGCCAUCGAGGCCGCGGAAAGGGGGCUACGCCACGCGGCUGGGAACUUCUACGUCAACAGCAAGAGCAGCGGCGCCGUUGUUGGGCACCAGCCGUUUGGGGGCGGUCGUGCGAGCGGUACCAAUGACAAGGCCACCAGCGUCAAUCUUUUGACGCGCUUUACCAGCAUGAGGAGUAUGAAGGAGGACCUUGUCGGCGCAGACGCUGUGUUGUAUCCUUCGAAUGAGGCUUGA